AUGGAACUCGCGCGGCCACCUGAAAUUCGAGGCGCGGGCAAGAAGGCCACGCAGGCGAAGCGGAAAGCGUUUGCAAAUCCACUUCCUGUGGGCACUACACCUAUACAGAUAAGUACGCAGGAUGCAUCGCGCACAUGGUGGGACUGGUUCAAUGAAAGCACCAAGUGGAUGGCAGAGAACCUAUUUACUUCUGCGCCAUUGUACCAUGGAUGGUACGAUCCCCUCACAAAAUCUGUUUGGAUGUACGACAAGGGAGAUGCCAUGAAGCUGUGGACGCAUGGAUUCUUUGGGAAGGGCAGUCUAAGCCGCAGUGAGCCUACGUGGAGUGCCCGAAAAGUCGCGGAAAGAGAAGCAAGGGAGCGUGGCGUGCUGACGGCAGAGCAAAUGACGCAGAAACGGCGCGAAGAGAGGAGGCUGCUAAAAAUCGAACGCGCACGAGCGGCUGUCCGUGCAGGCAUACAACUUCCUGAUGGUAUUACGGCCUUGGGUGGUGAGCUCCGCGAGGACGAUGUCCAAGGACCAUGGCAAGGCGAUGAAGAUAUGCCGGUUGUAGAAGCUGGUGUUUCGCGGGUCAAAGGUCUUAAGUAUUUCAGCGGCGACGUACAGAAGACCCAAGUUGAUCGAGACAUCGAGGACGAAGAGGACCCAGACAUGUCAGACUUGUCAAAUGUGGAACAUUUCCAGCUGACGCUCGUCGAGGCCUUUUUCCUAGCCGGUAUGCUGGGCUGCUUGCAGGUGCACGACAACAAGAAUGCUGUCAUACCGCUUGCAACACUGUAUCAACUAUGCAUGGACUCGGCAUUGCCCAUAUCGAGUCCAUCGGUCCCUAGUAUCCGCCCAGACAAUCCCUUCCUCCUUUCGUACAUUGUAUAUCACCAUUUUCGGAGCCUAGGCUGGGUCGUCAAGAAUGGGACCAAGUUCUGUGUGGACUACUUAUUGUACAAACGCGGACCAGUGUUCAGCCAUGCAGAAUUCGCCGUACUCGUCAUCCCAGAGUACGAAUACGGACCCGACGCAGAAGACACGCCUUUUGUGCAGCAUCACAACGGCGGUGAGAAGUCCUGGGUUUGGUUCAGCAUGGUUAACCGAGUCAAUACGCAAGUGCAGAAAACACUCGUACUGGCACAUGUCAAGAUUCCGCGCAUCACGGCGCAAAUAACGAAUGAAUUGACCACCCCAGAUGGGCUAGUAAAGGUCCUACGGAGAGGUGCAUUUCGAGUCAAGGAAAUAUCUAUUCGACGCUGGGUUCCUGCAAGGAUGAAGCCAUAA